CACUCACACGGCAAACGCCGUAGAAGAAGAAGGAGACGACUACGAAGAAGAAGGCGUGUUCUCAAUAACGUGGCCCAGAAGAAGGAUUAUCGAACUAGACUUUGGCAAACGACCGGCGCUCAGUUGUCGACAUGAGACGAUUCACUAGAUCGUCCACGCAACGUAACCCAAACAAGUCCGAGUGUGGAGCCUUCGUUACGGUAUUCCUUAUGUGUAUGUCCUUCUUGGCCUUACUCAUCGCUCUUUUGGUGUUCAUCUUCCACAAUAUGGUUAGAGAAGACUUCAUAGAGCGCAUGGUUUGCCCGAGGCCCAUUAAAAUGAUGCUUCAAGGCUAUGAACGUUCCCCAGACACGUUGAUGACGUCCGUGAAAAACGCCACGUGCGACAGCUAUUUCCGCCAGGCCUGGUACCGCUUCGAUUCCCCCAACGGCAACAUGCGCAUGCCGGAACGACGCAUGCUACCUGGCAUGUGCAACACAGGCGUGCCGUUCUGGUUCUACGGUGCACACCCCGAUAACAUAAGCCUCCCUAUGCCAGCCGUGGCAUGCGGUGCCUUGGAAGACGAUGGCUGCAAGUUCUACGCUAACAUCCGGGUACAGCACUGCGGUUCCUACAUGGCCUAUUACCUGCAGCCGCUACCCAAGUGCUACAUGGCCUACUGCAUGGAGGAGUUCGUUGCGGACGAAGGGGGAAGACAGCAUCCAGAACAGUUUCACGAGGAAAGGGAGUAUAACAUUACGGAAGAUGCAAGACAUUCCUUCGACCUCGAGAAAUGAGCGUCACGUGCAAAUAAUAAUGAGAUGGCGUUCGCGUCACCAGGAACUGUUUGGCAACAUCGCUAUACUUGGAUCGAUAUGUUAACGUACACAUGUGAAAACGUCAAAUGUAAUUCCGAUAUGUAAGAAAAGUUGCUAUUUCACUA